CACAUAAGCUGUGUGACCAUGACAUUUGGUGAGAAAGCUGCCAGAGCUAAGCAGCUUCUCUCCUCGUCUCUCUAGUAAUGCAGUUGGAAAAAGUUGAACUCUGCUUUCCAGAACUCCUCAACUCCUCCUGCAGGAAGCCGGAGCCUCCUCACCCUAGCAUUGUGUUUUUUCACGUUCUUCUGUACUUCAUCUCUUUUCUCACUGCGUCUCUCAACCUGCUGGUCAUCAUCUCCAUCUCACAUUUCAGGCAGCUCCAUACCCCCACCAACCUCCUCCUCCUCUCUCUGGCUGUCUCAGAUUUUCUUGUGGGCCCUUUGGUGAUCCCAGUUGAAAUCUUCCUGGCAAACACCUGCUGGAUCCUGGGUGACCUUGUCUGUGUGCUAUAUUAUCUGUUACCUGUCACAAUAAUCACUGCCUCUGUGAUAAACAUGGUGCUCAUAUCUGUUGACCGCUAUGUGGCUAUUUGUGACCCUCUGCGUUACCCCACCAAAGUCACUCAAAAAGUUGUUACAAUAUGUGUUUUCCUGGGUUGGAUUUAUUCUGUUUUCUACAGCAUUUUUCUUUUAUAUGAUAACCUGAAGCAUCCAGGCAUGUAUAAUUCCUGCUAUGGAGAAUGUGUGAUCCAGAUUACAGGAGUUAUUGAUCUUGUUCUCGGUUUCGCUAUUCCCAUUACUGUCAUCAUAGUUCUGAAUAUGAGAGUAUUUGUGGUGGCUGUGUCUCAGAUUCGAGAAAUGAGGUCCCACAUUGUAACUGUCUCACUCAAGCAUUCUGACACUGUGAAAGUUAAGAAAUCUGAGAUAAAAGCAGCCAGGACCCUUGGUGUUCUUAUAGUUGUGUUUCUCAUGUGUUACUCUCCAUAUUACUGCAUCACUCUCACAGGCUACAAUGUCAUGAUCGGUUCUUCAACUGAGAGAUUUAUGAUUUUUCUGAUGUAUUGUAACUCUUGUCUAAACCCCAUCAUCUAUGCCUUUUUCUACCCCUGGUUUAAAAAAUCUAUUAGACUUAUUGUUACAUUUCAGAUACUGCAGCCUGGCUCCUGUGAGUACAAUGUACUAUAG